GCUCUCAUCUGAGCCAUUAAAGCACAAGGAUUAUCAUCCAGUCAGUGGGAAAACACAGAUACAUGUAAACUUUGCACAGAAGGCCGGGCUGAAAGAUCCACAGACACAGAUCUCUCUCCCCUGCUCUGGACGCUGAUGCACCACUGAGGCGACCGGCAGCACGCAGCAAAGAUCAGCAGCCAGGAGGAGAGGCGAUGAAGAGCAGGACUGCCUGCUAGAGGAGCCCACGUGCUUCCUUUUUCUCCCUCGCUGCACCCCAGGCUGCUGUUCAUGGAGGACUGGAGUGCAUGAGGAGCGCCACUCUGCUGCAGACCCCCACAGCCUGAAGCCGCCCUGCCAAACCCGGGACCAUGUCUGGAGGCUACGACGAGUACGCCAGCCGGGAGGACGCCACGGACAGUUUCUGGGAGGUCGGGAACUACAAGCGCACAGUGAAGCGCAUUGAUGAUGGCAAUCGACUCUGCAAUGACCUGAUGAACUGCAUCCAGGAGCGUGCCAAAAUCGAGAAAGCCUACGCACAGCAACUGACUGACUGGUCUAAGAGAUGGAGGCAGCUGGUAGAUAAAGGUCCUCAGUACGGCUCAGUGGAGCAGGCUUGGAUGGCGAUGAUGACUGAGGCGGAAAAGGUGAGCGACCUCCACACAGAAGUGAAGAACAACCUGAUGAGCGAAGACUUUGAGAAGGUGAAGAACUGGCAGAAGGACUCGUACCACAAACAGAUGAUGGGAGGAUUCAAGGAGACCAAAGAGGCAGAGGAAGGCUUCAAGAAGGCCCAGAAGCCCUGGGCCAAGAAGCUGAAAGAGGUCGAGGUCGCAAAGAAGUCAUACCACAUGGCCUGCAAAGAGGAGAAGCAGGCCGCCACCAGGGAGGCCAACAGUAAGGGAGAGGCCACAACGCCAGCCGAGCAGAGAAAACUGCAGGACAAACUGGACAAGUGCAAACAAGACACACAGAAGACGAGGGAAAAGUAUGAGAAGGCUCUGGAUGAGCUGAAUAAGUGCACCCCUCCGUACAUGGAGAGCAUGGAGCAGGUGUUCAGCCAGUGCCAGCAGUUUGAAGAGAAGCGGCUGGCCUUCCUCAAGGAGGUGCUGCUGGACGUCAAGCGCCACCUCAACCUCACAGAGAAACAAAAUUAUGUCGCCGUGUACAGAGAUCUUGAGCAAGCUAUCACCUCAGCUAGUCCAGAGGAGGAUCUGAAGUGGUUCAGUAAUAUCCACGGCCCUGGCAUGCACAUGAACUGGCCAAAGUUUGAGGAGUACAACCCAGAUCUUACUCAUACCAUCUCUAAGAGAGAAAAGUCAAAGAAGUUCAACGAGGAAGUCAUGCUGACUAAUGUGAGGGCACCAGGAGGCAACGUUCAAGCAGAAGACAGGGGAAGGUCACUGUCUGAUCUUUAUUUAUGUAUUUCAUUUUGGUGCUGCUGUAUUUUUCAACAAUUUCCAGCAUUUUCCUUCAUUAUUCAAACAAGAAGCUUUCUCCCGUUUUCACCCCCCCCCCCUGCUUUUAGUGUGAGCAGCUACGAGAAGAACCAGGCGUACUCCUCCAACGAGUGGUCCGAUGACGAGCAGAAGGGCCUCAACUCAGGCAGCGACACCAAUGGAGGGUCGAACCCCUUUAAUGAAGACGGAGGCGAAGGCGUGAGAGUCAAAGCGCUGUAUGACUACGAAGGCCAGGAGCAAGACGAGCUCAGCUUCAAAGCAGGUGAUUUGCUGACGAAGCUGGAAGACGAGGACGAUCAGGGCUGGUGUAAAGGUCGCCUGGACAACGGCCAGCUCGGUCUUUACCCCGCUAAUUACGUGGAGCCCGUCUAAACGUCCCGGCCCGAGGACGCUCGCCUCCUCUGAGGUGAAAUCUGGACCGAGCCGUCCGCCCACGACACCCCGCACAUUGCCCGAGACUGCAAAGCAACAGAGGCGAAAACGUUGUGGUCACUGCUGCGUUCGCUGUCCGUCGUGAUGCUCCUCUCUCACCAGAAGUCGAAUAAGGCGCCCGGGGUAUCAAGAAUGAGCUGUGCAUUUAUGUAUUUUCAUUUUUUUUUUUUACCAUCUGGAUGCUUGUACAGUUUGUUUCUUCCUAGAAUACAUUGUUUUUUUUUUGUUAGUAUAUCUACGCAACCUUUAGCGUUUUUUUGGAAAUGUAUAUGCCUUUGAUCUUGUAAAGUUCAACCGGAGGAUUUUAACCUCUUUCAAAGCUGCACGGCCUGCAGGUUGUUAGCUCUGCUUAACGUUAGCAUUCAGGCUCACGCAAAUUUAACGCCCGGCAGAGGGCCAGGGACACGACAGAGACGCAGUUCCCAACGUUGUUUGAGCUCUUAGUUUUUCUCCUUGUGUCACAGAAUCAUGUGUGAAGUCCAGUAGACAAACGGAAGGCCCCCUUAGAGGAAAAACAUGUUUGUGUAAAGCAUCUGUCAGUGGGAGGCGGAACUGACAUUCAAUCCUUCAAAUAAACUCGACGGAUUCUCUCAACGACCAAAACCUGUUACUAUUACCGGAUAAGUCGGCUCGGUAGUUUCUGUGAAUCCAUGCUAACAAACAAAAACUCACAAAAAGUCACAAAAAAGAACAUCUGAACUUAAUUGAGUCCUUUGAAAAGUUUACGCUCACCAUGGGCAAGGUUCUCCUUGAUUUCGAGCCUUUGUCACCCUUUUGUUCAGGGUAGACAAAUAAACAAUAAGAAACGGUUUGGAGUUAUAGAGGAUUUUCCUUAUUCCACACCGGGUCAAAAUAAAAAGUUCAAUUAUAUGCAUACACCGUCAGUAAUAUUUGUUUAAAUCUUCCUCAAGAAGUUGAAGAGAAGCAAUGUGUAUCAACAAGCUUCUGGUUUAAUUAAGGCCAGACGUUGGACCACAGUGAAGCCACUUUUCCAUCUCUGUGGACUCAUAGGGUGCUGAUCUGGAAAAGAGGCCGAAGCUCCCAAGUAGACGCCUUUGAGCUGGACUGAAGUUUGCAGCUCACCAAAACAUUAAGACAGAGACUAAAAAAAUUAGUCUUAACGGUGACAAUGUUUGCCGUAAUAAAGGCGACGCUUGCAUCUCUAAGAACCUCUAGAUUCAAGCUGUGGGACUCGCUUCCUUUCUCUGGUGUACAGCAUGUAUUUGAGCCUGUAUGUAUAAUUUUGACCAAGUGUGGAAUAUAAUAAUCCACAAUGAAUUCAGCAAUGUUUCUGUUUUUUUUGUUUUAUUUUUACUCAGUAAGGUUGCUUGUUGUAUGAUUAGUGCACCCUUAAAAAAAAAAUCCUUUAAAGCACCACAUUAACAUGACGUUCAUGCCCAUGGUGAGGUUAUGACAAAACGUUUCACUGGCACAGAAAAAAAAAAGUUACAACCUUAAAGCGCAUUAGAGCACAAAAACCACAACAGAACCUCACGGAGAACGUGUUCUGCCACGUCUCCCAGAUUACUGGAGAACGUAGAAGCCUCCAGGCCCGUUUCACAGCCUGUUGCCGCGUCAUUGUUUAAAAGUGAGCUCAAACAUAACUCACAGUUACUCUCAGCAGAUAUUCUCUUGUUUCAAAUAGAGUUAUCUAUCAAAAACAGGCUUUUUUUUACAUCAUUCUCCAGCUUUCCUGCUAUCUGCAAAAAAUGUGCCUAUAUUCUCCAUCACCUUUAAUUUAUUUAUUAUCUCCCCUUUGUAGCCUAUGUGUUGAUAAUGCAGCCACCGCGAUCACAAGCUGCCUUCUAAAGAUCAACUUGUAGCUGUUUUCUAUGGAGAUUAGCCACAUUUCCUAUUCUGUUUCUGUUUUAUUUGUUCCUGCUGUCCGUGGGGGGUUGUUUAUCAUCAGCAGAGGUCAGUGACUCGCAGCUCUCACCCCCCCCGCCGUGGCUGAUCCAGCUCAUGGUCUUGAUCAGUUCCCAUCUACUUAAGCUCGAGCUAACUGAGGCCUCCGGGUUGUGUGGAUGGCUCGCCUCUCUCUUUCUUGUAGUUUAUCCCCGGUCAGGACACUCAGCGCAUGUAGCAGUGCUGUAGGGGGUGAUAAGAGGCGGAUUUGAUGGCCGCACAUCUUUUGUCUGCGAGACGGGCUACUGUUACUGGUGCAGACAGAAGAAGCUGCAGAGGCCAAAGCAGAAAGAGGAUCCGCCGGUGAAAUAUUGAUGAGGUACCAGACUUUUCUGCUGCAGGAGCCAAAAAAAAAAAA